AUGUGUAAGAUUGUAGGAAAACGCUCUCUUCAUCGAGAGCCCCUGCAUCCAGAAUGGGCUGAACUGGCAAAGAAGCAGUUAAAAGGUGCUGAUCCAGAAAAAAAGUUGACAUGGCAUACUCCUGAGGGUAUCAACAUCAAACCUGCAUAUACUAAAACAGACACACAACACUCUGAGGAAGAAAUACCUGGAAAGUUUCCAUUUACAAGGGGACCGUACCCUACCAUGUACACUAACCGGCCAUGGACCAUCAGACAGUAUGCAGGUUUUAGUACUGUUGAGGAAAGUAACAAGUUUUACCGUGACAAUAUAAAGGCUGGACAGCAGGGACUAAGUGUCGCAUUUGAUCUUGCUACACAUAGAGGUUAUGAUUCAGACAACCCAAGGGUUCAUGGUGAUGUUGGAAUGGCUGGAGUUGCAGUGGAUUUAGUAGAAGACAUGAAGAUGCUAUUUGACGGUAUACCUUUGGAUAAGAUGUCAGUUUCCAUGACAAUGAAUGGUGCUGUUUUACCAGUGUUGGCAAUGUAUAUUGUGGCAGCAGAGGAACAAGGAGUAAAACAAGAGCAGCUGUCAGGGACCAUCCAGAAUGAUAUCUUAAAAGAAUUCAUGGUACGCAAUACUUACAUCUUUCCUCCUGAACCAUCCAUGAAGAUCAUUGGGGAUAUCUUCUCUUACACAUCACAGAACAUGCCAAAGUAUAACAGUAUUUCCAUCUCUGGCUACCACAUGCAAGAAGCUGGAGCAGAUGCUGUGUUGGAAAUGGCUUUCACUCUAGCUGAUGGCCUGGAGUACUGCAGAACAGGACUCAAAGCUGGACUGAACAUUGACAGUUUCGCACCCCGUCUGUCCUUCUUCUGGGGAAUUGGGAUGAAUUUCUACAUGGAAAUAGCAAAGAUGAGAGCUGCCCGUAGACUGUGGGCUCGUCAGAUUGAGAAAAAUUUCAAACCAAAAAAUAUGAAGUCCUGCAUGUUGAGGACUCACUCCCAGACUUCUGGCUGGUCUCUCACUGAGCAGGAUCCAUACAACAACAUUAUCAGGACAACAAUUGAGGCGAUGGCAGCUGUUUUUGGUGGAACCCAGUCCUUGCAUACCAACUCGUUCGACGAGGCCUUGGCACUACCCACGCCUUUCAGUGCCAGAAUUGCUCGUAACACACAAAUCAUUCUUCAAGAGGAGUCUGGCAUUCCUAAUGUUGCAGACCCAUGGGGUGGAUCGCACAUGAUGGAGUGUCUCACAGACGAGAUAUACGAAAAAGGCCUGGCUGUUAUUAACGAGGUUGAAGAAAUGGGAGGUAUGGCUAAAGCUGUUGCUGCUGGAAUGCCGAAACUGAGAAUUGAGGAAUGUGCAGCCAAGCGACAAGCUAGGAUUGACUCGGGAUCAGAAACUAUCGUCGGUGUUAAUAAAUACCGCUUGGCCAAAGAAGAAGAAAUAGACGUGCUUGUUGUGGAUAACACCAAAGUGCGAGAAAGCCAGCUCGAGAAAAUUAAGCGAAUCAAGGAGACACGAAAUCAAGACGAGGUGAAUCUUGCUAUGAAUGCCAUAUCAGAAUGCUGCAAAACGGGUGAAGGGAAUCUUCUUGAUCUUGCUGUUAAGGCAUCAAGGGUUCGUUGCACCGUGGGCGAGAUUACCGAGGCAAUGGAAAGGGUUGUUGGAAGGCAUGUCGCCAGUGAUCGCAUGGUCAGCGGUGCCUACAAAACAGAGUUUGGCGAAUCUGAUGAAAUCAGCCAGUGUAUGAAGAAAGUUGAGACCUUUGUGGAACAGGAGGGCCGUCGACCCAGGAUCCUUGUAGCUAAAAUGGGUCAGGAUGGUCACGAUAGAGGUGCAAAGGUUAUCGCUACUGGAUUCGCUGAUCUGGGAUUUGAUGUCGACAUUGGACCUCUCUUCCAGACUCCUAAUGAAGUUGCUCAACAAGCCGUGGACGCGGAUGUGCAUGUUGUGGGGAUUAGUUCCCAGGCUGCUGGACACAAGACCCUGAUUCCUGAAUUAAUAUCUCAGAUGAAGUCGAUGGGAAGAGGCGAUAUCGUUGUUGUCUGCGGCGGUGUUAUUCCACCUCAAGACUAUCAGUUCCUUUAUGAUUCUGGAGUUCACUGCAUCUUCGGUCCCGGAACACGCAUCCCAGCGGCGGCCAUGGAUGUCCUAGAAGCUAUUCAGAACAAUGAUGCUGACCAAAAGACAGCUGCAUAAUCUAACAAGCCAAACUCUAGACCGGUUUUCAUAACACAGGCCUAAAUGUCUAAAUGAAGGGUCACGUUGUCUCAAAAAAUACUGAAGUUUCUCCUGUGGCGUUACAAAGGGGAAUUUUCCCGUUUAAACUGAAAUCCCUCGGUAGUCAAAAUUUUCAGGCUCCCUUUAUCUUAAUAUUUUUGGGGUUACCCUUCCUAAAAAAACUCACCAAAUGUAAUGCGUUGCCGUCUCCCUUAAACUCAUCCCACUGCAUCAUUCUUUAUUGUUCCGCCUUUUAAGUGCUGAUUAAUGUAAUUAAGUUAUGACACCUUUUUACUGUAAAUACGAAAUGUAAAAAGAGCUAGUUAUCAACGCAUUUAUGUUAGUGAACUCGUACCCAGCGAUCUCUCAUUAGUUCCUUUUAUUGAUAGGCGCGCGAAGAGAGAUGGGUCGCCUUCCCUUGGAACUCUUGGUCGCGCGCGUACCUCCCUGACUCGUUCCAAUCUCUCUCUCGCUUUCAAAGAUCAAUAACGGAGACUAGGGAUAAAUUUAAACUUGAGGAGCACUCAUAGAGACUUCAAUGAUGUCAUGGAACUAUGAACAGACAAGCUAUUUCAGCGAAAAAACGAAAUCAGGAAUGAG